CUUCUAUCGCUGCUUAAGUCCGUCACCCUUGAAUCCCCAUCCCAUCCCAUCCCAUCCCCAUCUCCAUGGAAAUGUCCUGCCGGCAACACCAACCCAUCCACCCAGCCGACCAGACCAAACAAUGGCUUCGGAGCUCUCCCCACACUCUGCAUUCUUCACCGCGCAGCCGUCCAUCGCCCCUCAACCUUAAUGCGCAUCCCAGUCUGAUAGCCCGAAUCCGUUCUGCCCUGCCCUGAGACGACUGCAGUGUCUGGAGCUGGAGACGCCUGCAGCCAGCCCAUUGGCCAUGCCGGACAAAUGCACCAUGUCGAUGCUACUCUGUACCAAAGGCUACAAUGUUACCCCAUCCCAUCCCGUAUACCUCGCAUAACUGACGCCAGUACCGCUACCGCCACGCACGCAUGCUAUAUUGAUAUAUCGGGAGAUGCAGACAGCAUCUGGGUGUCAGAUUCGAUCGCCCCAGCCUUAUUCGGACAUCACUGACCAAGAGCUGACGCAGGCUUGGAACCUGCGUGCAUUGGCAAACGGGGGCACAGCAGUAGAUGGAACUUCAUGGGACCAGCAGCGGAGGGAGAUGUCGACCACGGGACCUCUUCUGCGCCGACAACGACGCCAAUUCGAGGGGAAACCAUGUCCUCCAUACACCCAACCAGCCCUCGGACAGGAGAUGCCGCUCAAUGUACAGGUACAGAUACCACCCAUACAUAAACGAGUCGCGGAGGAAAUAUUAUUACAUGGCAUCGCGGACCAAGCGUGGCUGCAAGGUUCUUCACAUGGCAAGGGGAGGGUGUGUGGGUGUGGUCAGACGCGAUAUUUCGCCAAAAACAGACGCAACAAGUACAUGGCGUCUCUUUCAAGCACCCACUACUCGAGCACUGCUACCUCUCCAUGAGUCCUUCGUCAUCAGAGUUUCAUCCUCAAUCGGAUUGUAAGAGAAAACACGCCAUUCUUUCGUACUCCGGGAGUGCUCCCAAGGUCAUUUCCGCUAUAUACCCCAUAUCCAUCUUGGCCUUGUCAGCAUUUUUGAUAUCAAUAUCACGGAGCAACAUACACUGUUCGCUGGUUGGUAUCAGCUUCCCGUCAAACCGCCCAGGAUCACCCAAAGAGUCUUGGAGCAUGAAUAAUUCCAGAAGCGGUGAACUUGGCUUUCGACGCCCUCGCAACUCUCCUCCUAAUCCGGGUAAGCGACUACUGGCUGGAACCCCAGAUGAGUCUUUGAAGAUAGGUGAUUUGGAAGGGCUGAAAUACGGUAAUGCAGCUUGAAUGUUGACUGGUCAUAUUUGACUUUAAGGUGGCGAUCCUCAACAGUUACCCCCAGAUACGAAGUACAAUGGUUGGCUCCAGCCGCUCAACCCGCCAGUAGUACGAAGUAUUUGCGAAUUCCAUUUAAGGCAUGGGGAUGAUCCUCCGGGGUGAAAGUUCUCUUCAGCCAUUGACCCCGCUAUUAUGUUUCUCUGACUGUCGUGACAGAUUCAGGGUAUUCGAGUAAUAACGAAAGGUCUACAUUUGCAAGCAGCCUCCUUCGGCCUUUCCCUCGGAUCGGCACGUCUCCAGGAAUUGCAGAUCUUUCUCAACCUGAACUUCCUUUUUCCUACUCAAGCAAGAUUACUAAGACGAGUAAGACCCUGGAUUGUAAAAUUGUUAUCAGCACUCUUGCGGUCAUCGAUUUUCGUGAUACUUGACUACUGUUGGGCGGUCCGGAACAGGUGCCGGUCACCACAGCAGAUUGCAAACAUACCUCUUCAAGGAGUACAAAGACGGAUGUCAAGGUCAUCACGUGCAGUAUAAAUCAUCCUUUCGACCCCAAUCCCGUCCGAUUCUGUACCAGUAUCGAUCUUGCUACCCAUUCGGAAGGAAUAUGUGGACCUCCUAUAUAUAGGUAUGUUGGGGUUCUGGCUCAACCUCGCCACGUGGCGUAGUUGCAGCCCUAAAUGUGUUUAUCGGUGAUUUCUUCAUUACUUGUAUGCAGUCAUAUUACUCCUUUUAAACCUUGACACCCCGGCCUUGGAACGUACUCCAUUUUUCUCCCCUUCUUGGCCUUUGCUCCCCAGAUAUAAAGUCUCGUUUGACCCUCUUGGCAAACGAAAACUGAUUGCACUUUCAUCACACUCACAUUCAACCAACUGUCUUUGUUAUAAAAGACUGUGAAUCUUGACCACAGCAUUGCAAGCACAUAAUGUCCUGGCCCCCAUAUCGAAUCAUACCGCCGUAUUCCCCUCAACAACAAUCACGAUCCAAUCUUACUUCCAACCUACAUAAUGUUGCUCUCUUCGCCCAGAUCUCGCGGGUUACGCACCACGCACUCCUUCAACAAUCAAAUGGGCUAUAUGGAUAUCCCAAGACAGUCCUCAACGAAUGAUAUGCACGCCAUGAACCCUGAACUCCAAAACAUUACCCCAAAUACCCUAUACCUCACUUUCAAUGCUCCCAAGGUAGAUGAAUAUGUACGGCUUUCCCAAAUGUCUCAUGUCCCCAACUGACACUCCACCAGCACCGAGGACUCUUCCUGACCUACCCACCAUCACCCUCCACUUCCCGUCACGGCGACACGCACCCCACCACGAGCGGAACCCUUUUCCAUGCCACAUGGAAAGAGCAGGACUCCGCCUGGGUGCUUGAGAAAAGAACCAUUAAAGACAUCUCCACGUCUCAAUCCCUGGUUCUUCUCUAUAAAAUUCAAAGCAUGGAUCCUAACUCUACCGCCAACUUGGUCGACCUUUUCAAUGGGAUUCAAGGCGUUCUCGAAAGCGUUCCUAUGGGAAGAGCAGAGAGAAAGUUGGCUUAUGGAUACUCACCAAAGGGAAACCCGGUGUUGGGGGGUUACGACUGCGUUAUCUGGACUGGUGACGCAUUGAGAGCGCUUGGAGCGGAAGGAUUGAUUGAUCUGAGGGGGUGCGAUGUUGGUUAGUUGGCCUUCCCAUCUCUUUCCUUGAUUUUCCUGUUCCUCUUUGUUCUGUUUUCGAGUUUGUUUGAGGGGGUUGAGGUUCCUUGUGCUUGUCCACUGCCCUUGUCUGCGUGCCCCUGUGGCUUGUAUAUACCCCUGAAGAGGUUUGACCAGGGAUCUUUUCAAGGGUAUCGUACCGCGCUUAUGGGCUAGUCACCCACUCCACUAUUUCUAUUGAAGAAGUGGACAUAUGGGUCAAGGUGGAUAGCUCGGGUUCCUGUCAUGCAGAUCAUAUUUGCGAAAACUCUAUAACGCCUAGAUCCGAGUCUUUGAUUCGCUGGUUUCGCCAAACAAGGGGACUGAGAUAUAUUAUUAACUGGCAGGGUGCUACUCCGAGCUAUCCAUCUCUCCUUUUACCCUUUAUGUACCUUUCCCCGCGAGCCCCGUACCCUGUAGUUGGGAUGGGCGUUAGCCGGUGGGUUUGUCAUGAUUUUGGGGUUGCCGGGAGGUGGGUCGAGACUCGAGGGAAGAGGCGGGUUCUGUUUUCCGGUUCAGGGUUUCUAGUCUGUGCUGCGUUCGUCUGUUUUGUUUGUUUUUGAUCAUGCGCUGACGAUAUCCAUGUGUAGAUGGGGUUAUGGCAAAAGCUCGUGCUCGUGCUGGACCUGCGGAUGCGAGGGAGGCGGUAGGCCGAGAUUUUGGGGGUUUGAGGGUUAUUGCUUGAAGCGUUUCCAUGGGGUUUCGGGCAUGAAGUACGGACUUGAAGGUCUAUGGAGUUUAGGCGCUUGUUUGGUGGGUACGGGAGGGCGUAUUUGCAGCGUAUAGAAAGAUCGGUGCUCACGUACAGAUGGGUGGAGUUGGAUAUGGAUCGGAUUGAAUAUUUUUUUUCUGGCGAAGCGGGUUCUUGGUGUUCUUUUGGUAGGAGGAAAGGGGUGGGGGAGUUUGUGGUCUGGACUCUGGAGUUUCUUUGGGUGAUCGACCAACUUAGUCCACUUGCCUGUAUGGUUUGGAUGCGUUGAGGGAAUUGGAAUGGAGUUUUGGGGGGUAGUUUUUUUUUUGUGGGGAAGGGGAGGGAUCAUUGAUCAACCAUCGAUCUCUUGAGGAGUUUUUUGGUCUAGGUUCCUUUGGAUUGGAGUAGUCUGGAUUUAGACGAAGGCUCGGUUUUGUGAGGGUUUUCUUGGGGAUUUUCUUGGGGAUAUCCUUCUUCUUUUCGAUUAGAAAUUAGAAAUUAGAAAAUUCU